GAACAUUGCUGGUGGGCCUGGAUUUCAUCCUUUUGUAUACCUGUCCCUGCUGCAGUAAAUGGAUCAACAUUUAUGGGAAAUCUUCACUACAAUUCUAAGAAGGCACCGUCAUGUGGAAUGUUGUCAGGGCUUGGGGAACUCGAUGAACUUUCACUUUAAACAAAUGCUUUCAAGGAUUAUCUUCACUGGAAAUUUAUGGUAAGGAUUCGAGUUGUGUGUUAUUGAUGGACGAACACAGAGAAUCAUCUUUGUCAUGUGAGUUUUUUUAAAUAUCCCGCACGUAAAGAGAGCUGAGGAGCUCUUAUGAACACAUCACGAGCAAAUACACACACACAUUGAAUUGAUUGGUAUGUGGAUAGCCAACAGGUGAUUACUUUCCGCAAAAUUAAUUAAUUCUGUUAUUUGUACUGGGUUUGGACGUGUUUGUAGGGGGCUUAAAAUGUUUGGUAGUUUUUCGUUUACUUUAGAAUAAAUACUGGAGGUGGUGAACUCUGUGUGCCACAUACUGAACCCUCAUGCUGAUAGGGUAUAUCAAAGAAGAUUGACUGAAGAUCCUCUUCGGCCCAGGAUUUGCAUGUGGCGCCCUCCCUCUUCUGGGAUGAGGUCCUACGAUGCUGCUGGUGGCAGCCAAACAAUCCCCAGGUCGGUGCCUCGGGAGUAGCGUUGCCCAGAGUCAUGAACUUGAACUAACCGCAUUUUUUUAAUACUUGUUGUGCCCAUUGGCCAUUGGAGUGGGUUUAGUGCAUAGCGCGUUUUCUCCCGGACGCCAUCCACAUUACAAAUGUCACUUCAAUUCAUCAAAUUAUCCAGUUGCCUCUGAACCAAGCGAAUUUUCCGAAGACAAGUAAACAGCACGGCUUAUUGGAAUAACAAAUUAAGAGGAAAAUUGUUGCUGAAUUGAGGGAAAAUACAAGACACCCAGGUUGACUCCAACAAUCGCCUCAUAACCUAAAAACUUAAAUUGACCCGCCUUGUGUUUUCUUCACUCAUGUAAAACGCAUUUGAUUGAUUUAAACGAAAUGGUACCUCUCGGCUUAUCACCAGGUCACCAGACCUCUGUUAAUAACACAUCGUCCACUCCUACAAGUGGUUCAAAAGCAAGUUCAACUCUGAAACCGAAUUACACUCUGAAAUACACACUUGCCGGACACACGAAAGCUGUAUCGUCUGUUAAGUUCAGCCCCAAUGGUGAAUGGUUGGCCAGCUCAUCUGCUGAUAAACUUAUAAAAAUAUGGGGGUCUUACGAUGGGAAGUUUGAGAAAACAAUAUCCGGACAUAAGUUGGGUAUAUCGGACGUAGCGUGGUCCAGUGAUAGCAGGCUGCUCGUUUCAGCAUCCGAUGACAAAACACUUAAAAUUUGGGAACUCAGCUCUGGAAAGUGUUUGAAGACCCUAAAAGGUCACAGUAAUUACGUAUUUUGCUGUAAUUUUAAUCCACAAUCGAACCUCAUCGUUUCUGGAUCUUUCGAUGAAAGUGUCAGGAUCUGGGAUGUAAGAACAGGGAAGUGUUUGAAAACAUUGCCAGCUCAUUCAGAUCCAGUGAGCGCUGUUCACUUCAACAGAGAUGGCUCACUAAUCGUGUCCAGCAGUUACGACGGUUUAUGUCGAAUAUGGGAUACCGCAUCUGGACAGUGUCUGAAGACGUUGAUCGAUGAUGAUAAUCCUCCUGUAUCUUUUGUGAAAUUUUCACCGAAUGGAAAAUACAUUCUGGCAGCGACAUUAGACAAUACACUUAAGCUCUGGGAUUACAGCAAAGGAAAAUGUCUGAAAACCUACACUGGUCAUCGUAAUGAAAAAUACUGUAUAUUUGCGAAUUUCUCUGUGACCGGAGGCAAAUGGAUUGUUUCUGGCUCAGAGGACAAUAUGGUUUACAUCUGGAAUUUGCAAACAAAGGAUAUUGUACAGAAACUUCAGGGACACACAGACGUUGUUCUCUGUACGACGUGUCAUCCAACGGAUAAUAUAAUUGCAUCGGCGGCAUUAGAAAAUGAUAAAACGAUAAAAUUGUGGAAAAGUGACACGUAGACGUAAACCAUAGAAAUAAGAGCUGUCAUUCAUCAUGUACAAAUUGAAAACGCAAUUUGCGAAAAGAACCGGCAAUAGUUCAACACUCAUUGUAUGAAUUAGGCAAAGUUGCGAGAAUUUUAUUUUCGUAUAAAAAUGAUAAAAAUUCAUUUGCAAUCUCUCUUCAGGAUAAUGCAAGACAAUUAUUUAUAAAUGAAGAAUUGUAUUCCCUUUGUUUUUGCAAAUGCAAAAUAAGCUUCCAAAGUUCGACUAUUGUACUGCAAGAAUCACAACCCAUUAUCAUUAUAAAAAUAUUGUUUGCCGUAAAUAAAGAUGUUUUCCAUUUGUAA